AUGGCGGCCGCCGCGCUAGGCCCCGCGCCGCGCGCCCCCGGCUCCGGGAGGCGGCAGGACGCGCGCGGCGCGGCGCAGAGCGCCGCUCAGGCCUCACGCCCGGGCCGCCCGCGUCGGCCCGCCCUCUGCCCGCCGCCCCGCCGGCUCGCGCGGCGCGCCGGGAAGCGGGGUCCGCGACCGCUCGGCGGGCUGCGCGUGCGGAAGCCCGCCCGCGGGAGGGGCGCCGGGGCGGCGGGGCGCGAGCCGCGGCUGCGCCAGGGGCGUGGCUUUGCGCGCGGAGCUGUUUCUCCCUCUUGCAGUGGAGAGAAGAGUCACGCUGACUGUGUCCUCAUUUACAAAUCAGAGACUGAGGGGGACAGAGACCACACUCCAGACACGGACUUCCUCGGAUUCCCCACCAAGAUGCUAACAGUGAAGAGGCUGGGAGGAAGCAACGCGUGUUACCGCAGUGACCGGCUGGAGAAGAUGGCCUUUUUCCAGUGCAUGGAGGAGGUGGAGAAGUGCUUUCUGGAAGAAAGUUCUGGUGAACAAGAUUCGAGAUCUGGAAAGAACCAGGCGAAGGAGCAAGCGUGGUCACUCCCUGGCCUGCAGGAGACCGCACCUGCCGCCGGUGAAAGGACAGCGGCCCCCGCAGCCGACGCCCUGGCACCGCCCGCGCCCUUUGACCACCGCAUCGUGACAGCCAGGCAGGCCGCCGUCAACAGCUUCUACACCGUGAGCAGGACCGAGAUCUUGGGAGGUGGACGCUUCGGCCAAGUUCACAAGUGUGAGGAGAAGGCCACGGGCUUAAAGCUGGCAGCCAAGAUCAUCAAGACCAGGGGCGUGAAGGACAAGGACGACGUGAAGAACGAGAUCAGCGUCAUGAACCAGCUGGACCACGUGAACCUCAUCCAGCUCUACGAUGCCUUCGAGUCUAAGAACGACAUCGUCCUGGUCAUGGAGUACGUGGGCGGCGGUGAGCUCUUCGACCGCAUCAUCGACGACAACUGCAGCCUGACCGAGCUCGACACCAUCCUGUUCAUCAGGCAGAUAUGCGAGGGGAUAAGACACAUGCACCAGAUGUACAUCCUCCACCUGGACCUGAAGCCUGAGAACAUCCUGUGUGUGAAUCGAGACACUAAACAAAUAAAAAUUAUUGACUUUGGAUUGGCCAGAAGGUACAAACCCAGAGAGAAGCUGAAGGUGAACUUCGGAACGCCUGAGUUCCUUGCCCCCGAAGUUGUGAACUACGAUUUUGUCUCCUUCCCCACUGACAUGUGGAGUGUGGGCGUCAUCACCUACAUGCUACUCAGCGGCUUGUCCCCCUUCCUGGGCGACGACGAUGCCGAAACCCUGAACAACAUCCUGGCCUGCAGGUGGGACCUGGAGGACCAAGAGUUCCAGGACAUCUCGGAGGAGGCCCGGGAGUUCAUCUCCAAGCUUCUCAUUAAGGAGAAGAGCUGGAGAAUCAGUGCUAGUGAGGCCCUCAAGCACCCUUGGCUGGCGGACCACAAGCUCCACUCCAGGCUCAGCACGCAGAAGAGGAAGAAUUGCUGCUCUGAUGCCCAGGACCUGGCGACCAAAUAGUGCCCGGAAAGCGCCCUCUGGAAAGGAAAACUGCUGCGGUUGCUGCUGCCUUGAGAAGAUUUUUGGAAAAAUCAGCAAUUCUGAUGCCUUGACCCC